GUUUUUGGUGGUUCAGUCUACGUACACAUGUAUGUAUUAACCCCCCCCAGGAGAGUUGCUAGGAUGAGGCUUUACUAGGGGGCUCAACGGUUCUGUGCCGCUUCUGCAGGUGUGUGCUGCCGAGUGUGGAGGAGAGACACCACCGUCGAAAUCCCCUAGAGGUUUUUUUUUUCCCGCGGCUUUCCGUCUUAAAAUACGAUCAGCUCGCUGCGGUGCCUUGCAGACCCAGUGAUCCCCUCUCGCCAUUUUUGUCCCGAUACUCGCCCCUGUGCGGUGUACUGGGCAAAUAAUUCCCUGCCGAAGCCGUAUAUGUAUAGCCGUCCCGGCCACGGUUCGCACACAGCACGGUUUAAUACAUACCGAGAACAUCAUAGCGUGUCUCGACCUGGUAGUUAAAUAAGGCGGCUCGUCGCCUUCUCUCUAGGGCAGAGGUGCCGACAACCUGCUGGCUCAGAAGAUGUCGCCUUCAUCGACGGGCGACUCGCCCCUCUCCGCCGGAGCGUCGAGUAGUUCGGGGCGGCCUUUUCCCCUGCCGUCGCGGGACACAUUCUCAAUCGAGAUUCCGUCGCCGCAGCUCAGCGCGGCCACGAACGGUUCCGUGCUAAAGUCGCCGACGGGUGCCAAAGCUCAGCGCACCACGAGUUUCAGUCGGGAAGGGAUAUUAGGGUCGGCACAGAAGGCUCGGAAUCUUUCGCAGACGUCCGAAGCCCGCUCCGAACAAACCAAUGGGAUGCAGAAAGCGCCGAGCGACGAGGGCGUGAAUCCGUUAAAGAGGCGGAACACGGACGUGACUAUCGACUACCCGCGGAGGAGAGCUACGAUCGCGUGCGAGGUCUGCCGCUCCCGAAAGUCGAGAUGCGACGGCACGAAACCCAAGUGCAAGCUCUGCACCGAGCUUGGAGCCGAGUGCAUAUACCGGGAACCCGGGAUCAAGCUUGACGCGGGCGACAAGCUGAUUCUCGAGCGACUCAGCCGUAUCGAGAGCCUCCUCCAGAUCAACCUAGCCAACGGCCAUCCCAACACCCUACAGAUCGCGCACGACUCGCCGCCUAUAAGCAACGGAACCGCCCUGAGCGGCGACAACGUCAUGCUUCAGAAUUCCUCCGGCAACUACGUUUCUAUCAUACCGAGUGGCGGCCUGGGGACGUGGACGAGCCAUCCCCAGGGGACUAACAUCUCGACAAUGCCCAAGGUCCACACGAACGCGGCGCUGCACCUGCUCCAGUGGCCGCUGAUCCGAGACCUGAUCGCGCGGCCGUACGACCCGCAGAUCAUUCUACAGCUGGAGAUGGCACGCGAGCCGCUUCACUCCUUGGCCAAGACCCCGUGCGUCGAUCUAUCUAACACGAACGCCUACAUCGAGGCGUACUUCGAGCGCGUGAACGUGUGGUACGCCUGCGUCAACCCCUACACCUGGCGGAGCCACUACCGCACCGCGCUGUCGACCGGGUUUCGCGAGGGUCCCGAGAGCUGCAUCGUGCUGCUCGUGCUAGCACUAGGACAAGCGAGCCUACGGGGCAGCAUAUCCAGGAUCGUGCCUCAGGAGGACCCCCCGGGCCUGCAGUACUUCACAGCGGCGUGGUCACUGUUGCCAGGCAUGAUGACGGCUAAUAGCGUCCUGGCCGCCCAGUGCCACCUACUGGCUGCUGCCUACCUCUUCUACCUGGUGCGACCGCUGGAGGCCUGGAACCUGCUGUGCACGGUGAGCAGUAAGCUGCAGCUCCUGCUCAUGACGCCGACGCGCGUGCCCGAGGACCAGCGAGAACUCUUGGAGCGGAUCUACUGGAACGCGCUCCUGUUCGAGAGCGACCUGCUCGCGGAGCUGGACCUACCUCACUCGGGCGUCGUGCAGUUCGAAGAGAACGUCGGGCUCCCCGGCGGCUUUCAGGGCGAGGAGUCGGAAGCGGUGGGCCGAGACGACCUGUGGUAUUUCUUGGCGGAAAUCGCCCUGAGGAGGCUCCUCAACCGCGUCAGCCAGCUCAUCUACUCCAAGGACUCGAUGGCGUCGACGACCAGCCUCGAGCCCGUCGUCGCCGAGCUCGACUUCCAGCUCACGCAAUGGUACGAGAGCCUCCCGCUGCCGCUCCAAUUCCCCUUCACCCGCUCGACCCUGCAGGAUCCGGUGCAGACGGUUCUGCGGCUUCGGUUCUUUGCCUGCCGAACCAUCAUCUACCGUCCCUACAUCUUGGCGGUGCUCGACAACGAACAGGCCGUACUGGACCCCUCGGUCCGGGAGAGCUGCCACAAAUGCCUCGAAGCCUCAAUACGGCAAUUGGAGCAUAUAUCUGCACAUCACGCCGGCCACAUGCCGUACCUGUGGCAGGGCGCCCUCUCCAUCGUCUCGCAGACGCUGCUCGUCAUGGGGGCUACCAUGUCGCCCUCGCUGUCUAAUAUCCUGUUGACGCUCGUCCCUCACCGCGACGUCAUCGACCAGAUCAUCAACGACGUGAUCAUGGACAUCGAGCGCAUGGCCAUCCUCGCGCCCAGCCUGACCCUGGCCGCCGAGAUCAUCAAGGAGGCCGAGGUGCGGCGGCGCACGUUCCUAAACGGCUGACGCGUGCCGCCGCCGCCGAGCCAAAGGCGACAACACGCAAACGCACAAAGCGCCCUGCUCAACUAACUCACAAUACCUUGUCGACGAAAUCCAUCCCCCCCCCCCCCCACAUGUCCUCCCUGCCACCCCGGUCCGACUUAUUUCAUGGGCGUAUCGCCGAUCGGAUUCUCCUUCCUCGGCACCCGAAACAGGGACUGCUCGCUCGC